AUAAUGCGCCAUUUUCGGGGGGUUGAGGAGGAGAGCCCUAGCUCAGUUUGAGUUUGCUGUUCAGACGUCGUUUCAGUUGGGCGAUCGGAACCAUUGAAUGAAUUAGCUUCAUCUUCAUCGUAUUGUAAUUGUCUCUGGAAGGUGAAGAUCAAGCACUGACGGAUGGGUCAGAUUCAGUACUCUGAGAAGUACUUCGACGACAUUCACGAGUAUAGGCAUGUGGUGCUCCCACCCGACGUGGCAAAGUUGCUGCCUAAGAAUCGCCUGCUCUCUGAAAAUGAGUGGCGUGCACUUGGAGUUCAGCAGAGUCGUGGAUGGGUGCACUAUGCUAUUCAUCGUCCCGAGCCACAUAUCAUGCUAUUCAGGAGGCCCCUGAACUACCAACAGCAGCAGGAGAACCUCGCUCAACAAAACGUGCUUGCUGCCAAAUGACUGUUUCAUUUCAUUGAUAAUGUGAAAUGAGAAAGAAAGCAGAGUCAAUAUUCAGUCAUAUAGAGGGUUCUAAAAUGAAAAACCGUUCACAAUUUCCUGGUUUCUGUGGUCAAUCCUCCUGCUCAAAAAAACUGCUGGAGUUUCUAUGUUUACCUUGAACUCUGUAUAUACACGCUUCUGUAUCUUUGCUGCACUCUGCAAUUUUAUGGAUUUAGAACCAAAGUGGGGUAUGAUGAAUCUUGAUCCUUAACUUUCUGUGUAGAGGUGAAUUAUUUAUACGUUU